GAGGGGGGGAUGGGGAUGAGGAGAAAGGGCUGCUGAGCUGCGUCUGUUGGCCUGGCACCAGGCAGGGACAGGGACAGUAACAACUGGUUUAACAUGAAUGGCGUCCAAAAAGUUUGCUUUCAUUGAUUAAAUGUCGGCUAAGAGCGGAGCGAAAUGUAAACACCCAGAAUCUUCCGUGAAGAUAUUGAUUAACUAAUGUUUGGGGAGCAAUAGUAACAUCUUUCCCUGUAGACUGAGCCAACAGGUUAAUUUCAACCACUCACGGAUUACAUCCACUUCUCAUUGUGAAAAAUUGGGUGACAUAUUGUCGCAAUUUCCUUUUUCUCUCUUCCUUUUCUCUCUAUUUCUUUUUGAAAACCAGAUUUUCUUUAGGCUACUGGGUGAAGUCUAGUUCUCAAGUAAGGUUUUGAUAGGAUCUGUGCGUUUUACUGCACUCAUCACACAGUUUAAUGAAGAAUGGUGACAUUAAAAAGACAUGAAUGACUGUUUUAGGCGGCUCUUCUGCACACUCAGCAAUGCGACUUCCCAUUUCAGCCAUAGUCUGUUGUGUCCGCGUACGCUGCGCUCGGUGUUGGCUGUGUGUGUGCAGCGGUGCUAUGGACUACUACACGACUUCAACUCACCUAAAAAACAACUCUAAGAGCGUCUCUAAUGUAGCCCACGCCGAUGAAACUACAUAAAGACGGUCAAAAGAGAAGCCGCUAAACUUCUGCUUUAAGGUGAAACUUGUGAAAAGACGACAGCACCGGGAUCAAGAUCAGCCUGCCAGCAGCAUUUUUCUAAGGAUCCAAUUUGGGAACAUUUCAAUGGCUCAUCAUAAUUUCCUGGAAGCGAAAGUGACAUCUACAGAUGCGAAUGCUGCAACCUGCAUAUCUCAGAACUUCCUCUUCCUUUGACGGUUGUGUCAUCUCCUGGCAUGGAAGUGCUCCCCUGAGAGGAGACAUCAUUAUGGAAACGGUCAUCAGCAGCAGAUCUGGCACACACAACCAGUCAACAACGUUCACCUCAGUAUUUAACUCAAGCUGUCGCUUUGAUGAGGAGUUUAAAUACAUCCUGCUGCCUGUUUCCUACAGUCUGGUGUUUGUGGUUGGCUUCGUGCUGAAUGCUAUGGCUUUGUGGAUGUUCCUCAAGAUGCGUCCGUGGAACCCCAGCACUGUGUACAUGUUCCACCUCGCCUUGUCUGACUUCCUGUACGUCCUCUCCCUGCCCACCCUCAUUUAUUACUAUGCCAACCGCAGUCAUUGGCCCUUUGGCGUGGCUGCCUGCAAAAUAGUGCGCUUCCUGUUCUACGCUAACCUCUACUGCAGCAUCCUCCUCCUCACCUGCAUCAGUGUGCACCGUUACCUUGGCAUCUGUCACCCCAUCAAGGCGCUGACCCUGGUGAAGUCCCGCCAUGCCCACCUGGUAUGCGGCCUGGUGUGGGCCAUGGUGACCGUGUGCCUGGUGCCGAACCUCAUCUUUGUCACCACCUCCAGGAGGGACAACGACACCCUCUGCCAUGACACAACCAGCCAGGAUGCCUUUGAGGAGUAUGUGGACUACAGCUCUGUUGUCAUGGUGCUACUAUUUGGCAUCCCUUUCCUGGUCAUUGUGGUGUGUUACUGCCUCAUGGCACGGGCCUUGUGCCGGAACAGACGGGGAUUAUCUGCCAGCAAGCAGGGCACUGCCUCACGUCGGAAGUCCAUCAAGCUCAUCAUAGUGGUGUUAGUGGUGUUUGCUGUCAGCUUUGUUCCAUUUCACAUCACACGAACCCUCUACUACACCGCCCGUGUUCUGGAUCUGAAAUGUGAAUUCCUCAACAUUGUCAACUUUACUUACAAGAUCACCAGGCCGCUGGCGAGCAUCAACAGCUGCAUUGACCCCAUUCUGUAUUUCCUGGCUGGAGAUCACUACCGCUCCAAAAUGCUCUCUGUUCUCACAGGAAAAAGACACACAACAAGCAGCCAAAUACCUGAAGAGGCACAAAUACAACCGAACAAUGACAUUGCUCUGGUCUACAAAAAUACAGACUUUAAAGCCAGCAGAAAGGAUGAGAGAUGAAUUCUUAUAAUCUUUUCAGGAAUCUAAAGUAUUAAACAUGUAUUUAAGA